CAAUUGGAACGUGUGAGACUGGAAUAAGAAAUCAGCUGAUGAACGCGUGCUUUUCAAAUUUACAGUUUUGUAGCGGGAUUUCACAUUUUUUCGUAGUAUACGGAAUUAAAAAUUUGUGAAUUGCUGGAGUCUACUUUUAAUUUAAAAUAGUCGUUGUUGGCGCUUGUAAAAAUUUGUUUUCUGUGUAAAUUCCAGUUUGCGGUUUUUGUUUUACUCGCGCACUAUGGUUGGGCGCCCACGACGUCAAGCUGCAGUUAGAGCCACGCAGAUUAUAGAGCUGUCUGAUUCAGACGAAGAUGCUCCCACAGUGUCUAGAACAAGGCGACGUGAUAGUUCUUUUUCUCCUCCUCCGACCAAGUUGGCUCGAAUAGAUGCUGCGGCACGUUCAGUGUCUGGGGGAGAAGUUGCCACUGGAAGCGCAGCAAUUAGCCGAAAACGUUUUCCUACAACAAAAAAAACCGGUAAUACUAAAGAAGCAGCCAAAGUUUCAGAGAACCGCACCAAAAAGGACGGAAAAUCAGCGUCGAGAUCUAAAAAAUCCAAAGAGAAACCAAGUGUCACGAUUGAAGUUGACUGUGAUGUCAUAGAAGUUGCGGAGGAUGGAGAUGCUGAGCAGCAGCAGUUGGAUUUGACUAUCGGAGAUCCUGAAGUCGCAGCGCCUGUAGAUACAACAGAUGGUCAAUGCAAUUCACGUGCAGAAUCGCAAACAAGCAAGCCAUCUCGUGAGUCCAAUACUUACACUGGGCGCAGCUCCUUUUGGGCACGUCGCAAAGUGUGGCGCGUCGAUGAACUACUUGCCGAAAAGGAGAACGUUGAACCUAGCACUGCCAGGAAUAUUGUACAAUUGUUGGAGAAUGAGAAUACCAUUCCCUUCAUUUGCCGUUAUCGUCGUGAUUUGAUUAAUCACAUAACACCUGAACGUUUACGUGAUAUAAAAAACUCUUACACGGAAAUCGUAGAGCUGCGUAAACGCGCUGAAACGAUAGUCACUCAAUUGGAAAAAGAGCAACAGAUUGGAGAAGAAGUACGCACAGAGAUCUUAUGUGCUAAAAGUAAUGAGGAGUUGGAGUUUUUGUAUGCGCCAUAUAAACCCGCUAGCAAAGGUUCACUUGCCGAACGUGCUAAAGCGCUGGGUUUAGGUGAUGCUGCCGAUCGUUUACUAUUCGGGGAGGCGCCUGAGGUUCGUUUAGAAACGUUAGUGGAUCACAACAAUCCAGAUUUGGAGAGUGUGGAAAAGGUAUUGCAGGGCAUUUGUCACAUAAUUUCGCAUAAUAUUAGCAAGCAUACAGGUGUCUUGGAAGAAAUGCGGAGGCUUCAAAAGGUUCAUCGCAUCGUGCUUAAGUGCUCUAAAGCUAAAGAUCCCAGUACAGCAGCUGUUAAAAAGGCAGCAAUUACGGUUAAAAACAAAUUGAAUAACAAUAAUAAUACUAUUCAUUCGAAGAACAAAGCAGAUGCUUCAAAAUAUGAAACUUAUUAUGAUUUUCAACAAGAUGUUCGCUAUUUAAAACCACAUCAGGUGCUCGCUAUCAAUCGUGCUGAGAAGCAAAAAUUCCUGACUGUAAAAAUAAUCACUGCAGAUUAUGUAAAAAACGAUAUUAAACGCUUUACACGCGAGCUAUUUAUGAAUGAAGGUCUGCGUUAUCCGCUACGCAACCAGGUGUUUGAGCAGGCAUUCGAGGAGUGCUACAGUAAAAAAUUGCAACCCCUUUUGUCUCGGCAAAUACGCAGCGAUUUAAAUGAAUUGGCCAAAAAGGCUGCAAUCGAUGUCUUUGCCCAGAAUUUAAAGCAAUUAUUGCUGCAAUCUCCACUAAAAGGCGAACGUAUUCUUGGUAUUGAUCCAGGCUUCACCAAUGGCUGCAAAUUGGCGCUAAUAUCCGAGACUGCCGAUGUUUUGGAAACAGGCGUGAUAUAUCCGCAUGCUCGUAGCAGUGAUCCCGAGGAGGUGGGCCACCAACUAGCUAAAAUGCUUAUAAGACACAAUUGCAAAAUAAUUGCUUUAGGCAAUGGUACAGCCUGCCGCGAAACAGAAUUUUGGCUAUCGAAUUUAUUCGAUUACGGUAUAUUGGACAAAAAUACCGUGCGUUAUAGCAUAGUGUCGGAACAGGGUGCCUCAAUAUACUCAUGUGGCGAAGUGGCGCGUAAAGAAUUUCCAGAUAUGGACAUGAAUGAAAUAAGUGCAGUCUCCAUUUCACGGCGGCUAAAUGACCCGUUAAGCGAAUAUGUGAAAAUUGAACCACGUCACAUUGGUGUCGGCAUGUAUCAGCAUGACGUGCCAGAGAAAACGCUUAACGAGGCUUUAAAUGAAGUCGUUUCCGAAUGUGUGAGCUUUGUGGGUGUGGACAUUAACACAGCCAGCUUAAGUGUGUUGAAGCAUGUUGCCGGUUUGAGUGAGAAAAAAGCUCAAAAAAUAAUAGAACAUCGUUCAAUUAAUGGCCCUUUUCAAACUCGCAAAGAUUUAUUAAAAGUGAAAUCCAUAGGCGAAAAGACAUUUGUACAAUGUGCGGGUUUUAUACGCAUUGAACCCUUGACUGUAGGAGGGAAAAUUGAAAAUCUGCUUGAUUGCACUUGGGUGCAUCCGGAGAGUUACGCAGUUGCUAAAAAUAUGUAUAUAUUGCCUUGUAGAAUCAUAAGCAAAUGUAACUUGCUGCUAAAUGAUAUCGGCACGAAAGCGUUUAUUUGCAAAAUCAAAGCAUAUGCCUUACAGUGUGAUAUGGAAGAGUUAGCUGAGGAUUUUAAUAUACCAAAAGAGCGGCUCGAUGUCGUACUAAUGGCAUUACAACGCGAGCUCACUCAAGACUAUCGCGCAGAAUUUGCUAAGCGACCACUAUUUAAGCAAGGCUUAACACGCAUAACUGAGCUCUCUGAGGGAGAUGUGCUAACAGGUGCCAUAUCUAAUAUCACACACUUUGGUGCCUUUCUUGAUGUUGGGGUUGAAUGUAAUGCGCUCUUACAUAUAAGUAAAAUGAGAAACACAGAACUCACUGUGGGUGAUCGCGUUACCGUUUCGAUUAUACAAAUUGAUAUUCCACGUAAACGUAUCGGUGUACAGCUUGAGGAUAUGAUAAAGGAGACUGACACAUCAUUUACCUUGACAUAACUAAGCUAAGUUUAGAGUUAGAAGUGUAGUUAGUAGAAUUUAAUGCAUGCGUAUUUUGUUAUUAGCUUAGAAAAUUUCAUAUUUCCACGCCUAAAAUUACGUAUCUGUAUAUAACAUACAUAACAUUGUCCCUUAAAAUGCAUAUAUUUAAGUAUGUGCGCGUACGUUCUUCACAUUUUAAUUGGUUUAAUCGUGCCUAAAACAUUUAGUUGUAAACUUCCAAAAACCCCUAAAAAAAAUUCCCAAGAUCCCUAACAAAAUUCCCCCAAAACCCAGGGGAACUAUUUGCUUUUACAAAAAUGACGCCCAAAGUUAAAAAAUAUAACCUCUUUGAUCUUUAGCCAUACAAUUAUGCACUAUUUAACUGACAUCGUGGGAUGAAAAUUCGCCUCAAACGUAGAGUUACAUUUUUUUUGUGAAAAAUCAUAAAAUAGUAUUAGUUUAUUUGGUUAAUAUUAAGAAGUAAAUUUGUAAUAAUCACUUUUUGUAAAUAAUUAAAAAGAAGAUAAAUACAAUAUACUAAAUGCUGUUGGGGUGAAAAUUUACCCCACGAUGAAUGCUAAUAUCUAUUAGAGAUAUAUUUCGGAUCUUGCAAACUGGAUCAGUAGCUAGUUAAGGUUAGUAACAUGAAUUUUUACGAUGGUUGUUCAUUAGGUCAGUUACAAAUCUAAAAAAAAAACAACCAUAAUCAUUUUAUUAUUUGACACUUCAGAUUCGGUUCUUGCUACAGAAUUGAAUGCAAAAUUUCUUCCAGCAAACCGAUUUUUCAUGUUUGGAAAGGGAUAAAAUCGCACAGGUCCAGGAUCUGGAAAAUAUCGUGCGGAAGCAUUUCGUAAUUUUAGAGCCAAUUUCGCUGUUGCUAUUGCAUAUGAAUGUGCAGGUGCACUAUCAUGGUGGAAUAUCAUUUUCUUGGUUGUGUUCAGAAAUGCCUCAAGACAAAGCAUCAAUCUCUUUUAUUUCUAAAAUAUGAUAAAAAUGUCCAAUAUGCGUAACCAUGGUAAAAUGCCGUAUUGGAACUUAUUGCGAAAAUAAGGCGUUUCCAUAAUUUAUAGUUUAGAAAUAAAAAAGAGACUGAUGCUUUGGCUUGAUGCAAUUCCGAACACAGCACUUCUUUGUUAGUUGCGAUCGUUUUGCCUUUAUUUUAACAUUCCAUUUUUCAUCAAUUGUCGAUUUUUUCCUUCUUGAAAUAGUCUGAUCAGGAUUAUGCUAUAUGUGCGUGCUCAUAGUCUUUCCGGCCGAAGGUGCCGUGUUUUUGCCUUCUUUGGUGCACUUCCAUCUAGUUCUGGGUGCGUUCAGAAAUGCAUCAAGCCAAAGCAUCAGUAUAUUUUAUUUCUAAACUAGAAUUGAUGGAAAUGUCUUAUUUACGCAACUAAGUUCCAAUUUGGCAUAUAACCGUGGUUGUGCAUAUUUGACAUUUCUAUCAAUUAUAGUUUAGAAAUAAAAGAGACUGAUGCUUUGGGCUUGAUGCAUUUCAGAACGCAUCGUCUAUCGACCGUAUUGAUUUGUUUGUGGUCUCUGGUGUGUAAUGGCGCAUCCAUGUUUCACCAAUUGUUAUGAAUCUACGCAAAAAUUCCUUCUCAUUACAUUGAAACGGAAAUUUGACUUGACUUGAGUGAUUGGAACAUCGUAUAAUUUUGUAUUGCAAAUUUACAAAUUUUUUUAGUUCAGUUUAAAUUUAUUACUUAUAAACUAUUGCGUGAUGCAUACUGGUUUUAUAUAGUACAGGUACAUGAAAAUAUAAAAUAGUAGGUAUGUAAAAAAAAGACUAGUAAAAUAAAUAUAAUUUACGGUGGAAGAAAAAUUGUAGUUCGGCCGGUGUGUGUGUGUUGGUGGGGUGCGUGUUUAUAAGUGGUUUAGUCUCUGACCAGGUAUUUCUGUCCUCGCUUCACUGUUGCGUGGUCCGGGCCUCAGGGCCAAGAAGGGCCGAUGCUUGUUGCCUCCUUAUGCAUUGGGCGAUCCACGCUCUGAGAUCUUUUCGACGACUGGUGGUUCGUUGCGGUUGAUUGUUGUUGUGGCGGCUACACAUCGCGGUUGAUACUAAUGUUUGGUGUACGCGAGCUGGCAGGUGUUGCUUUUGGCAUGAUUGGCGAUCCGUGAAAUAUUUCGUUAGUAUAGUAUGGAAAGCGCGUAUCUCAUAUCGUCGUAUAGUACGGAAAGGGCGCAUCCCACAUUGUCACAAAAAGG